AUGGCGGCGAUAUCUGGGGCUGCGGAGGUGGUGGAUGACCUUGAUCCCGAGCCUCCAAGUUCUCUCGAAGAGCUGCCAACAUGCUCCAAGAGUGCCGCCAGCUUAUCCGAUUCUGCGAGGCCGCGUCCGCGCUUUGGAGACUGCCAGCGACUUUUCCAGGCUCAACCAGUGCUGCAGACCCCGACACGAAAGCCAGCUGCCGGAGACUAUUACUACAUAUGGAAGGAAUUCGAGCGUGACGAAAGCAAAACACUACAGAAACGGCAGGCUGCUAUUUCGCCUGCUGAUGUUGAAGAGGAUAGCGAAGAAGAAGAUAACCAGGAAUAG